AUGCCGACGACAAUAGAGAAGUUACUAGGCCAGCGGCUAGGUUUGAAAAAUAUUAUUGACCGUUUCGUCAGUAAAAUAGAAGAAGCGAGCGAUGAAGACGAUGACAUUCAAUUCCAAGCGCUUAUCGAGAAAUUAGAAGAAAAAGUGGCAUGUCUGCUAGUCCACAAUGAUAAAAUUCUCUCGCUCACCGACGCCGACGCUGCGCCAGAGGAGAUGGUCGAGGCAGAAGAGUAUACCUUCGACGUAGAGGUCAAACUACGAAGAUACAAGCAGCGUCUACAGCGGCCUAACAUUGGCAUCACAGACGCCGCCGAUUUAUUAUCGCAUGCAUCCGGUUCCGGUAGUCAGCAGGCAUCCGCUCCACUACCACCAAACAACCAACGCAGGGUGAACACCAAUUCGUCAAACAACAGCGGCCAGUCAGCGCCCGAGAUAAGUACAUCUAGUACUCAUAAAUUGCCAAAAUUAAUACUUCCACGAUUUGACGGUGAUAUAUUACAAUGGCAAUCGUUCUGGGAUUCAUUCGAAUCGUCAAUCCAUUGCAAUGUCAACUUGACUGAUGUGCAGAAAUUCAAUUAUUUGAAAGCACAGUUGGAGGGUACAGCCGCCAUGACUAUUGAAGGAUUUGCACUCACGAAUGCAAAUUACACGCGCGCAGUCGAAUUGUUACGUGAAAGGUAUGUUCAACAUUGCAAAAUUGUUCAUGCAAACAUGCAAGCGUUAUUGAAAUUUCCAUCACCAACUUCCACAGUCGCGAGUUUGAGAGGGUUUUACGACCGCAUGGAAACGUAUAUCCGGGGUCUUGAGUCGCUAGGACAACAUCAAGAUAUGUACGGUAGCCUAUUGGUGCCAGUUGUAUUGGAAAAAUUGCCGAUGGAUAUACGUAAAAAUCUCGCCCGCGUAAACGAGAAUAAUGACUGGUUUUUGCAAGAUCUGCGACGAGCGAUUAACAAGGAAAUCAACAUUCUCGAGAUCGGCACCGGAAGUUCCUAUGCGUUGCCGGAAGUUAGCGACUACAACUCAACAGCAUUGUUUCAUGCAAGUGCGAAUGGUAAGAAGACUUCAUACACUAUUAGCAACAAGUUUGGCAAAAGGAAUACGCAAAAUAAUUCUAGAACAUGUGCAUUUUGUGAUCAAGAACAUUUAAGUUGUGAAUGUAAAAACUUUCCUGACACUGCUGCCCGAAUUAAUGUUGUGAAACAGAAACAGCUUUGUUUUAACUGCUUGGGUAAACACCGAAUCACAGAAUGCAAGUCAAACGGACGCUGUCAAAACUGCCACCGGAAGCAUCACACUUCUAUCUGUAAGGAGCUACAAAGAAAACCGGAAGUUGAAUCGCCGCAACCGGAAGCCGCCGUAUUCUUCUCGUCUACAAAGAGGUCGAACGCAGACGUUAUAUUAAAGACCGCCAUUGCCCCUGUUUCGUCGUCUCACACUACAACUGAUGCCGCCAUAUUAGUCGACGAAGGCGCACAGCGAUCCUUUAUCACCAGAAGGCUUGCUGACGAUUUUCAACUAGAGAGUGAUGGAAUAGAAACACUUAGCCUGACGGGAUUCGGAGGAAGUAAUAACAGAAGUUUACAGCAACUAGAACGCACGACAGUGUACAUAGUUUCGAAGAGAAAGAAGAUACCUGUUAGUUUACUCAUCGUCCCCACUAUUGCGGCUCCCAUCAGAUGCGGAUAUCUUAGAUCGACUGCGGAACUGCCGUACCUGCGGGGAUUGAAGUUGGCUCAUUCCGUUACAGGUGACACGUUAUUUGACAUUUCUUUACUCGUUGGAGCUGACCACUAUUGGGAUAUUGUCGAAGAUCAUGUUGUUCGAGGGAACGGGCCGACCGCCGUCAAGUCUAAGAUUGGUUAUUUACUGUCCGGUCCGAUGCCCUCCACGUCUCAUGCGUCAGCUGAUAAGCACAUCUUGAACUCUGUCGAGUACCUACAGCAAUACCAAGCGACAGCUAUUGAGUACGACAACGGAAGGUACCAUGCCAAACUACCAUGGAAGCAAGACCACCCUGCUCUACCAACAAACCACAACAUAGCCUUGCAGAGAACUGUUGGGGCUAUUCAGAGGUUGUGCAAUGAACCGGAAGUGCCUCGGGCACAUGGUGACAUCAUAGCAGAGCAGGAAAGACAUGGCUUCAUCGAGCGGGUACCACUUGGUCAAGAGUCAGCUGAACAAGUGCACUACAUUCCUCAUCACCCGGUGAAAAAAGAAUCAUCAACGACACCCAUACGCAUCGUCUACGAUUGUAGCUGCCGUCAGUCACGUGAUUCACCAAGCUUGAACGACUGCCUGAAAUCAACGCAACCGGCAUUGAACGAGCUUACGUCGAUUCGUACAAUCGUCACAGAAAUUGAGGCUGUACUUAACGAUCGGCCAUUGACCUAUGCAUCAACAGAUCUAAACGACCCCGCGCAUAUCACGCCGUCGCAGCUGUUAUACGGUCGCCGAGUUACAACGCUGCCACACGAUGACGUCACAUUCGAUGCCGGGAGUACUGUCGCUGCAGCCGAUCAUGCUACAUUUAACCGCAUGGCAAGGCGACGUGAACUGUUCAUACAACAGUUAUACAGACGCUGGAAGACUGAAUACCUUACGUCACACCGCGAGCACCACCGAAUGUCUGGUUCCAACACGCAGACGAUCAACACCGGGGACGUGGUGCAGAUCCAUGAUGAUGGCUCGAGAUGUCGAUGGAAACUUGCCGUGGUCGUCGAUGUUGUUGCCGAAAGGGACGGGCAUGUUUGCGAGGCGAAAGCGCGAAUCAGUAACGGAUUGUAUACCUUAAGGCCAAUAGCGAAACUUUAUCCACCGGAAGUGAUAAGUGCCAAUAAAAACUGA